GCAAGAACUCGUCUGAAAGUCGACCGUGAUUAUCACACCGGCUACAACCAAACAACGCGAGUCGACACUAAAACGAGGCGAGAACUGUGACGCGGGAAAACUCACAAUGCUUCUCUUGUUGCUACUUGUUGGUGUAGGUUUGGCUCACAAUCCCGAAGAAAAUGUCGGCAUAAAGGACCCGAAUCUGUUUGAGGGAGACAUCGUUCUCAGCCCGGACCAGAGACUCGCGGCCAAGAUGGGACUGGACGUGACUCAUCCGGCGUCCGCCCGAGGAUCCGUGCGGACCGGACAGUGGCCAGGAGGUGUACUCGUAUACACCAUAGACCCCGGGCUCGCUCAAUACAGCCAGGCAAUGUCUGCGAUCGAAGCUGGGAUGAAGAUGUGGACGGAUAAUACUUGCAUCCGCUUUAAGGAGAGGACGAAUGAACGCGCCUAUGCUACAUUCCAUUUUGGGUCGGGAUGCUCUUCUGAGGUGGGUAUGAAAAACCGACAGCAGCACAUCAGCCUUGGAAACGGAUGCUGGCAUGCGGGAGUUGUCGCACAUGAGAUCGCGCAUGCCCUUGGUUUCUUCCAUGAGCAGUCACGACCGGAUAGAGAUAACUACGUCACCAUAUACAUCAACAACGUGGAAGUGUAUGCUCGUAACAACUUCGAUAAGUAUCCCCGUGCGACCAUCGACUCACUCGGGACGCCGUAUGACUAUGGAAGCGUCAUGCAUUAUGGACCGACGGCGUUUGGAAUAGGUGGAUUCGUGACUAUACAGCCCAAAAAAGCCGGGGUAACCAUUGGGCAGCGAGACUAUGUCAGCCCAACUGAUGUCAAGCAAAUGAAUCUGCUGUACAAGUGUAGCGCGGGCAGCGGUGGAGAUGGAGGUGAAUGCAAAGACAACGACAAGAAUUGUGAAUACUGGGCAGGAAUCGGAGAAUGCGAAAAGAACCCGACAUGGAUGCAUCGCGAGUGCAAAGUCAGCUGCAAGUCUUGUUGCGCCGAUUAUGUUAAACAUUGCAAGUACUGGGCGGGUAUCGACGAAUGCAAGAAGAACCCAAGUUACAUGCUUAGAGAGUGCAAGAAAAGCUGCAACAAAUGCUAGCUGCAAAUGCAAGGAAAGCCCGGGAUAAUCUGUAACACGUGGUUGAUUUUAUAACGAAAUUAAAAUCGCUUUAAUGACUUUCAAAGGCCGAGGGCUUCCGUGACUUAUGCCUAUACCCAGUCUCUCGCAACCUCUCACAAACACAAUGGCGAUUUCAAAAUUGUUAGUAGUUUAUCACGGUUUAAUCAUAACUUCACAGACAUUAAAAAGAUUGAUUAAUUUU